GGGGCGACAGCGGACGGCGCAGCGAAGGCUGCAGGCUCCAGGCCGACCCGGAGGUCCGGUCCCGCCGGGCGUCAGGUCCCGCGUCCAGGCCUGUGGGCGCCCGCUCCCUCCCCACCAGCCAUGGCCCUAGUCAGCAUCAACGAGCUCCCCGAGAACAUUCUGCUGGAGCUGUUCACGCACGUGCCCGCCCACCACCUACUUCUGCACUGCCGCCUGGUCUGCAGCCUCUGGCGAGACCUCAUUGACCUGGUGACGCUCUGGAAGCGCAAGUGCCUGCGGGAGGGCUUCAUCACCGAGGACUGGGACCAGCCCGUGGCCGACUGGAAGAUCUUCUACUUCCUGUGCAGUCUCCGCCGGAACCUCCUGCGCAACCCAUGUGCUGAAGAGGAUAUGACAUCCUGGCAAAUUGACUCCAAUGGGGGAGACCACUGGAGGGUGGAGAGCCUCCCUGGAGACCAUGGGACAGAUUUUCCAGACUCCAAAGUCAAGAAGUAUUUUGUCACAUCUUUUGAGAUGUGCCUCAAGUCCCAGCUGGUGGACCUCAAGGCCGAGGGCUACUGGGAGGAGCUGCUAGACACAUUCCGGCCUGAAAUCGAGGUUAAGGACUGGUUCGCUGCCAGGGCAGACUGUGGCUGUACCUACCACAUCCGAGUCCAGCUGGUCUCAGACAACUACAUCGUCCUGGCCUCCUUCGAGCCCCCGCCCGUGACUAUCGAUCAGUGGAACAAUGCCAAGUGGACGGAGGUCUCCCACACUUUCUCGGAUUACCCCUCAGGGGUCCGCCACAUCCUCUUCCAGCAUGGGGGCAAGGACACCCAGUUCUGGGCAGGCUGGUACGGGCCCCGCAUCACCAACAGCAGCAUCACUAUCAGCCCUAAGAUGACCAGGGACCCGGCCCCCUCCACAGCUCAGCCUGAGACCAUGCAGGGGCAGGAGAAGGCUGCCCGCCCGCCCUCCUCACUUCGUCUCCACAGGCCCUUCUGACAGUCUGUCAUCUGAUGGCCAUUCAUCCGUCCUCUGUCUGGGCCACCGACUUCCAAAGGUCCCCUCCAGCUGAGCCUGUCGUGGGCAGUGAGGGGCCCCUGCCCCGGGAGCUCCUGCCCCAGUUCCAACCUUGGGCAAACCCACCAGUUUGUGGUAACUCCCUGUCAUAUGCUCUGACAUUUUGUGACAAUAAAUGU